CUCCGUCUCUCAAGCCCAAUCUCGUAGAGUUUGUUAGCAUAUCACGUGCCAGAUUCUUAAUGAAGUGGACACACGAGGACCUCUUGUGCGCAUGCGCUUGAUGUAAAAUGUAGUUGGAAAUGAGGUGUCCGUCUUGGAGUAGUCGACUUUUAAAAAGCAUCAGCAGCCCCUGAUAUGACGACUUCGCUAGUUCUGCAUCCACGCUGGGCGGACACAUUGAUGUACGUUUAUGAAAAAAGCCCGAAUGAAAACGGCCAGAAUAAAAGUCAAACAAUGGAGGGACUGAGCGGUAAUUGCCCUGCGACCCACUGCAGGGAUCUGAUGUCGCACCCUGCUCUAGGGCGACAUUCUGGCACCAUCGCGACCCACCAGAGCUCCGUCUACUCGGAUAUUUCUUCUACAGACACCGGGCGACAGUGUCCAGCGCCACAGACAUCAAAUGCAUCUUUGAGCUAUGGUUAUCCAUUUGGAAAUCCAUACUAUGGUUGCAGAUUGUCUCAUUCUCACAACGUAAACUUGCAGCAGAAGCCUUGCUCGUACCACCCAGAGAAAUACGCGGAGCCCAGCACGGCGCUGCCUACAGAAGAACUGUCUACCAGAGCCAAAGAAUUCGCAUUUUAUCCCAGUUUUGCAAGCUCUUAUCAAGCUGUCCCUGGAUAUCUCGAUGUCUCGGUGGUACCCAGCAUAAGCGCCCACCCGGAGCCGCGUCACGACGCCUUGAUUCCCAUGGAGGGCUAUCAGCACUGGGCUCUCUCCAAUGGCUGGGACGGGCAGGUGUACUGCUCCAAAGAACAAACACAGUCAACUCAUCUUUGGAAAUCUCCAUUUCCAGAUGUUGUGCCGCUGCAGCCUGAGGUCAGCAGUUAUCGCCGAGGACGUAAAAAGCGUGUUCCUUACACUAAGAUCCAGCUAAAGGAGCUGGAGAAAGAAUAUGCAGCGAGCAAAUUCAUAACCAAAGACAAAAGAAGGCGCAUUUCGGCCGCCACGAACCUCUCAGAGCGUCAGGUCACCAUUUGGUUUCAGAACCGACGAGUCAAGGAAAAGAAGUUUGUCAGUAAAUCCAAGAGCAGUCACAUGCACUCCACCUGAACCUCCUGAAAAAGCUCAUGAUUUCCCCCAAAAUAUCUCUGCAUAUAUUUACCUCUUGUAUAUUCAAUUGUUGCUGAAAAAAUAUAAUUUGUAGCACACUUUGCCCUAAUUUAACGUAGGUCCUACAUCGCCAGUGACCACCGCCCAAUUGUUUUCGGUGUAGAGAUGCUUCUGCAAGAACUGUGAAAAUCACAAAACAACUCGUCACAUUUGUUUUUUAUGAAUGUACAUAUAUAAAUAUAUAAUAUUUAAAACAAUAUCUGUAUUUCAAGAACAAGCAUUGCGCGUUUUCAUGUAUUUUUAAGCCAAAUUAUCAAAGGGACAUUCUUUGAUAAGUCAUUUUUAAGACUUGCAACGUAUUGAUGUCAUUUAGACAAAAGAUGGUCUUGUAAAGAAAUAUGUUCUUGUUGCUGUGUAGUUUUAAGAUACAACUCGCUGUAGGAAUCCGGCGAUUUUUAUUUUCUAAAUGGGCUAAUCAAACUGUGGAGUAUAAGCCUGGGGUAAAAAGGCUGCUAUAUUGUUUAUCUGUACAGUGCAAUGCCUUUAUUUAAUUCAUCCUGUAUUCUCUGAAAGUGGAAUAUGCAUCUGUAUGUUUUCCUUUGUCAGUGAAGGACUCUUGUGCAUCUGGAAUGAUUGUAAACCAUGUAAGUCAGUGAGUAUUACAGUGCAGCACAAUCGUUUUGUUUUUAUUUUCUGGUUUUUGCGCGCCUUGUAUGAAGCCUGUCAUUACUUUGUCGCAGUAUGUGAACUGUAUUGUGGUGUUGAAUUACGUCCUGGUUACUUGUUUCAUAAA